AUGAAUGAAGUUCCUCAUGUCUUCAUGGAAGUUCUAUGGCUUCAUGUUACCAUGGGCUUGGCGGCCGCAGUCGCUGUUGGCCUGAGAUUCUAUGCGCGAAAAUUGACUAAAGCAAAAUUGCAGUGGGAUGAUUGGAUUAUCGUUGCUGCGGUUCUGUUUGUUUGGGGUGAUGCUAUUUGUACAAUUAUAGAAUACCGACCAUAUAUCAGAAGAGUACCCAAGGCACAACUGCCUAUCAAAGAUCAGACGGAAUUGAUGGUGGUAUCAUUCAUAUCAAUCGUCUUCACCGUCUUCGCGGAAGUCGUCACACGAUUUAGCGUAAUAUAUCUCUACUACCGACUCUUUUCCGUCAAGCGAUGGCUUCAUUAUAGUCUCAUCGCCGAUGGAGUAAUUUCCAUCAUCUGGCUCUUUGCCGUCAUAUUCGCGUCUGCAUUGGAAUGUAAACCCAUCAAGGCGAAUUUCGAUGCAUCGAUCAAGGGAAAAUGUUUAAAUACUCAGUCUGGUUUCUUCAUUUCCGAACUGCUCAAUAUGCUUCUUGAUCUUGCUUUGAUCGCGAUGCCCAUUCCGAUUAUUUUGAAACUCAAGUUACCAUUGCGAGAAAGAGUCGCUAUUGCGGGUAUAUUUAUGACUGGUGGAUUGCAAGUCCUUUCUCGGCUCUUAGUUAUUCAAUCAACUAACUGGAAAUCCAGUACCAUCGUUACUAGCGUCCUCCGAUUAGUCAAAGGAUACAACCCCGACGGAGACACCUCAAUAACCGGACUCUCCCACCUCUCCAUCUGGACCGGCCUCCACCUCGGCUUCGCCAUAAUCUGCGCCUGCCUCCCCGUCUUCCGCGUCUACAUUCCCCGCAACGGUCUCUUCAGCUCCAAAAUGCGUCUAGUAUAUACUGCUGUCAGCGGAUGGGUCGGACGCAGCAGCUCGCAUAAUAAAUCGACAGCGUCUCUCCCGAAAUAUAUGCGGAAACCUAGUGAUUCUUCGGAUAAUAAUAAGGAUUCGCAGGAAUUUAGAUAUGCGCAUGCGACGCCACAAGUAGCGAGGAAACGUCCGGUGGUAGAUGAGAUUUUGUUGACGACGGUGUGUAGUGUGGAGGAUCGGGGGGUGGGGGGGAGCGCUGUAUAG